AUGAAUGUUGAUAGAUCUUAUUUUGUUACAACAGAUACGCCAAAUGUCAGUUUGUCAUUCACUUACAAAACUAUAUUUUCAUAUAAUUCAAUUUCAAGAAAUACAAAUGUUUCAAUUUCAUAUAGGAAUAAACCAAAUCUUAUUAUUACACCAAAAAACUUUAUUAUGGAUUCUGAUCAAACCAUAAUUUAUGAAUAUUGGGGAUACAACUAUGAUAAUAUUACAAUUCCCAAAUCUGUUACAAAAAUCGAAGAAAAAGUAUUUGAAAAUUCAACAAUUGAGAAGUUUUAUUUCACAGAAGAUUCUCAAAUCAUUGAAAUACAAAAUGAUGCAUUUAAAAAUUGUUCAAAAAUGAGAUCAUUUAAUUAUUCAUUUCCUAAUUUACAAACAUUAGGAAUAUCAUCAUUUAAAGAUUGUAUUAAUUUGGAAAAUUUUACAUUUUCAUCUCCAAAUUUGAUUGUUAUGAAAAACGCAUUUGAGAAUUGCAUUACAUUAAAGAAUGUUAUCAAUGUUUCAAGUAUUCCUUAUCAAUGCUUUUGUGGAUGUACUAAUUUACAAGAAGUUACAAUUCAAGAAGGAUUAGAGAAGAUCUGA